AUGAAUUCAUCUAGGUAUAACGUCUAUAAUAUUGAUUCACGUCAAUUACAUUUUUCUUUAUCUCUUCAUAUUUAUGAACUUGGAGAUGAUUUUACUUGGAUAUUACUAUUAAAAACAGAUCUUACUGGUUUUCCAUUUGUAAAUAAAACGACUGAAAUUGCUGAUAUUCAAAUAACAUCACUAACGGCAAAUGAACAUUUAAUAUCGAAUAUUUUAUUUAAUGAAUAUAAAUAUUUAUUAGUUCGUCAACCAAUAUUAACAAUAAACAAUAAAAUACAAUUAAAUGAAUUUUUACAUGAAUUUAUGGUAAUAAAUAAAUCUGAAUUAAAUCUUGACGAAGAUAAUAUAUGUAAGAAAAUAGUUAAUAGAACAAAUGAUCAAAUAUGUUCAAUUGAAUGUUCAAAAAGUCAACCAUAUGAUUUUUGGCUUGUUGAUAAAUCAAAUGAAAUGAAUAAACAAUCAUUUCAUUAUGUUUUUCGUUCUCAUCUUGAAUUACCAAUUCAUGAAUAUAAUCAUAAAUUUUAUUUUCUUAUACCAUAUAAACAUCAAUUUCGUCUUAAUAUAACACUUAAACAACAUCAAUCAAUUGGAUUUGAAUGUUUAGUUUCAAUUGCUGAAAUAUCAAUUGAAUCAUUUUCUGAAUAUACAUUUCAAAUAGCGUUAACUAUAAAUAAUACAGGUUUAUCUCUAUGUUCUAUACGUAUAUCUCUUAAACAAAAUCAAUUAAAAAAAUCUUAUUUUAUAAAACAAGAAUAUCCAUAUGAAUAUCAUAUUAGUUCAAUGUAUGAACAAUUAAUAUUUUUUACUAUAUCAAUAAAAAGAAAUCAAUGGAAACGAAUAAUCUUUUCACCAAUCUAUAUAAAAGCAAAAGUCAAUGAUUUAUCGACAAAUUUGACAUUAGCAGAACGACAAUUUUUAUUAAAACAUGGUCAUCAUUGUGUCUGCAUUUCGAUUUGUCAUUGUCAAGUAAAAUCGUCUCUUUUAGUAACACGAAUUUUGUUCUCUAAAUAUAGAAAGUCAAGAUAAAAUACUGAUCGGAACCAGUCAUCAGGGCUGUCGCGAGCAACCAAAAAUUGGGGGGGGGGGGGUACCUUAUGAAAUCCUACUUCCCAACAAUUUUUGGAACGAGUAACCAGUGUUACGAGAUUUUCCAGAUUUUGAACGUUUUUCUAGAGUUUUUCAGUAUUUCUAGAUUUAUUUUUAUUUUUCUGGAUUUUGGGAUUUUGCCCGGAUUUGUUCUGGGUUUUCAGAUUUGAAUUCCGGAUUUUCGAGUUUCACAUCUAGGAACCCUCGAUUUAACCUUUAGAAUCGUUUUUAAGGGUACACCUUCCCCUUUCCUGACGUGAAAAAUGUUUUCUUCCGAUUUUCUGUUUUUCAUUCAUGCAUAUACUUGGUAUAGUGUCUUCUAUCGAUCUCCAAAAAAAAUCCUUCUUUUGAAUGGAUUUAGCCCUAGAAAAUAACGCGUUUUGAGACCCCCGUAUCGAAAACAACUCGAUUUUUUCGCUUUGUUCUCAAAAUCAAUUUUUUAGGAGAAAAACUAGUGUUUCGUUAUCAUUUCUCCGACAUGGUAAGAGGAAUCGAGCUGAAACUUUUUUUUAGCAUAUACUAGUCACUAUUUGGGGUGGGUAUUUGUUUUAUUCCAAAAAAAUUGAUACUGGUGGAUUUUGGCAGCUUUUACAAAAAUUGCACUAACAAAAAAACAGCAAUUUUGUUAGGGUACAUCCGAUAUUUUGAGUUUUUUAUCGAAAGGACAAAAAAUAUAAGGAAAGCUAAAAAGAUACCCACCCCAAACAGUAUUCAGUACUUGUAAAAAAGUUUCAAUUCGAUCGAACAUAGGGCCUCUGAGAAACGGGGGCGAAAAAUGGGGUCAUUUUCACCGAUUGCGACCCCAAUAUCUCAUAAAAGACAGCAUUUGGAAACUUUGAGUCUAGCACAACUUUUCAUAUACUCUAGAAAAUUUAUCUGCCACGAAAGUUUCAAAAUUUUCUGAUGACACAUUCUCCAGAAACUCGGGAAAGGGGGAGGUGUACCCUUAGAGUAGUAUAAGUUUUGUUUUCUGAAAUACAGCGCAAGACAAUUUUUCGAAUAUUGGGGGGAGUGAUCACCCCAUCGCGCCGCCCCCCCCC